GAUUUCAUUUGUCCAAAAUGUAAAUAUUUCUAAUGGCAGUGAGACUGAAGCAUAUAAUAUCAGUGUGCCCCGUCUCUCACCUUCUCAACUCGCCGCGACAUCCGGUCUCCCGCCGGAAGAAAUCCGAAGUCCGAGUUUCUGCAGCAAAAAUGUCAACCACGAUGGCAGCCGCCGAAGACCACGAGAAGACGACGGUCUCACCUCCUCGUACCAAAAUCAUCGACUCGCAUCUGCACGUAUGGGCAUCUCCUCAAGAGGCUGCGGAUAAGUACCCCUACUUUCCCGGUCAGGAGCCCACUAUUCCUGGAAAUGUUGAUUUCUUGCUACAGUGUAUGGAAGAAGCAAGUGUAGAUGGCGCACUCAUUGUCCAGCCAAUUAAUCACAAGUUUGAUCAUUCCUUGGUGACAAGUGUCCUGCAGAAGUACCCUUCUAAAUUUGUCGGCUGUUGCCUUGCAAAUCCUGCGGAAGAUGGAAGUGGGGUUCAACAGCUUGAACAUCUUGUUUUGAAGGAUGGUUAUCGUGCGGUACGGUUCAAUCCAUAUUUGUGGCCUUCUGGUCAACAGGGGGUGGGUGGUGGAGAACAGCAGCAGUCAUUUAUGACCAAUGAGAUUGGGAAGGCAUUGUUCUCUAGAGCAGGGGAGCUUGGAGUACCUGUAGGUUUCAUGUGCAUGAAGGGCCUCAAUCUGCAUAUUUCAGAAAUUGAGAAACUGUGCUUAGAAUUUCCUGCAACCAUUGUAUUGCUUGAUCAUUUAGCUUUCUGCAAACCACCAACAAAUGAUGAAGAAAGCUUAUCCCUUACCAAGCUUUUAAAACUGUCCAGAUUCCCUCAGGUUUAUGUAAAAUUCAGUGCCCUAUUUAGGGUGUCAAGAAUGUCAUUUCCAUAUCAGGAUUUGUCCCAGCUUCUUUCCCAAGUGGUUUCUAGCUUUGGUGCGAACCGUGUCAUGUGGGGCAGUGAUUUCCCAUUUGUUGUUCCGGAGUGUGGUUAUGAGAAAGCUAAAGAAGCAGUGCUGUGUAUUGCUAAUCAAGUGCCCUUAUCAUCUUCCCAAUUGGAGUGGAUCAUGGGUAAAACGGCUCUGCAACUCUUUCAAUCCUAAUGGCUUCCAUAGACUCUAUUUGCAAAAGACUGCAUUAUGCGUAAACUACACAUUCAAGAUUAAUAUUUUCCAAACCGUAGCAGAUUCACUGUAGCAGCUGAGAACCCCAUGAGCGAGUUGUAUGAGGAUAUUGAAGCUCCAAUACAGACUUGGGUGGAGAUGCGAUGGCCUUUUUUGCUUCACCGAAGAAGGAAUUUUUAACAAAGGGAGUGUGCUGAGGUUUUGUUGUAAGUGAAUUUGUUGGUGUAUGUGACCAAUUGACACUAAAUUAAUACUACUUUUAAAUAAGAGUACUGUUUUCUCUCUC